UGCUUUCCUUCUUUUCUCACGUAUAUAUAAAUAUAAAUAUAAAUAGUCCUGCUGCUGCUGUUGCGGUUGCUGUUUGCUGAAACUCCUGAGCUUCUCUGCCCAAAAUCCCGUGUCCAUAUAUCCCUUCUAUUAAUUCAUUCGUUUGUUCCUGUAAUUUGAAUCUGUUCGAGGUUGGAGGAGAUUAAGGAUGGCUCAGACUACUGAGGGUGGUGCAUCGCAGGCAGUGGAGAAGGUUCUAUUUAGUUUUAUGACUUCUGAGGAGGUCAGGAAGCAUAGUGUUGUAAAGAUUAAAAAUCCUGUCUUGCUUGAUACCGUGGGAAGGCCAAUGCCGGGUGGGCUAUAUGAUCCAGCCAUGGGUCCUUUUGAUGAACAGUCUCCAUGCAAAUCUUGCGGUCAGCGGUCAUUCCACUGCACUGGUCAUUGUGGUCAUAUUGAGCUUGUUUCACCAGCCUACAAUCCUUUACUUUUUAAUAUGCUGUACAACCUACUGCAAAGAACCUGCUUCUAUUGCUUUCAUUUUCGAUCAAGUACUGAAGAGGUGGAUAAAUGUGUGCUUCAAUUGGAACGAAUUGCAAAGGGUGAUGUCAUAGGUGCAAAAAGGUUGGAUGCAGCCUCUUCAGCUGACUUAGUUAACUCAGAGGAUAGUGAAGGGAGCCAUGUAUCUUGUGGUAAUGUCUAUCAUGGUGCAGAAGAGCAUAUGAAACAGCCUUCUUGGGAUUCUUUUCAGUUUACUGAAGCUAUGUCUGUUCUAAAUAUGUUUCUGAAGCCAAAAGUUUCCAAGUGUGGUAAAUGUGAGGCUAAAAAUCCAAAGAUCAAGAAACCAACCUUCGGAUGGUUUCACAUGGUUGUUUCGAAUGCUGAAACUCGUGCGAACAUAAUUCGAGGCCACAGAUUAGAUGGGUUUCGCUCUGGUGGAUCCGAGGAAAGAUCUUCUUCUGAGGUUGUAAAUGCUAAUGACUCUUUGUGGGAGGAUGAUUCCCAAACAGGCAAAACUGCGUCAUUUACUGUCUCUGAUGGAAUAGAUACUCCUGUGGCAAAAAAAUCUCCAAAUCAACUUGGAAGAGUGGGUGAGGAGUUGAAGAAGCAGAAGGAAGCCUUUUCAGAGCAUAUUUUACCAUCUGAGGUUAGGGAUGUGGUGAAACGACUGUGGGAAAAUGAGGCUCCCCUCUGCUCAUUUAUCUGUGACCUUCAGCGGGAGCAACAUAACUCAGCUGCCGGAAUCGCAGGUUAUUCAAUGUUUUUUUUGGAUUCCAUUCUUGUUCCACCAAUCAAAUUUCGUCCUCUGGCCAGAACUGGUGAUGCAGUAAUGGAGCAUCCUCAUACUAAUUUGUUAAGCAAGGUGCUGCAAUCGAAUAUAGCUCUAGGCAAUGCUUACAUUAAUAAUGCUGAGCGCUACAAGAUUGUCAAUCGUUGGAUGGAUCUUCAGCAGUCUAUUAAUGUUUUAUAUGAUAGCAAAACAACUACAGGUCAAAGUCAAAAAGCUGGGCCUGUAGGAAUUUGUCAGUUGUUGGAAAAAAAGGAGGGUAUUUUUCGACAAAAAAUGAUGGGAAAGAGGGUGAAUUUUGCUUGCCGGUCCGUUAUAUCUCCAGAUCCUUAUCUGGCAGUCAAUGAAAUUGGGGUUCCUCCAUAUUUUGCUUUGAGGUUAACUUAUCCUGAGAGAGUGACUCCUUGGAAUGUUGGCAAACUAAGAGAUGCCAUAGUUAAUGGUCCAGAAAUUCAUCCUGGAGCUCUAUCCUAUACUGAUAAAGUGUCUACUGUAAAACUUCCAUCAAGCAAAAAAAUGCGUAUAGCACUAUCUAGAAAGUUGCCUUCUUCUAGAGGAGUGGUAACACAGCUGGGGAAGAAUAGUGAGCAUGAAUUUGAGGGGAAAGUUGUCUAUCGUCAUCUACAAGAUGGAGAUAUUGUACUUGUCAAUCGACAGCCUACUCUUCACAAGCCAAGUAUAAUGGCUCAUGUAGUUCGUGUGUUGAAAGGGGAAAAAACUCUUCGCAUGCAUUAUGCAAAUUGCAGUUCAUACAAUGCUGAUUUUGAUGGAGACGAAAUGAAUGUUCAUUUUCCUCAAGAUGAAAUUUCUCGUGCUGAAGCUUAUAACAUUGUGAAUGCCAACGAACAGUAUAUAGUUCCAACCAGGGGAGAUACUGUUAGAGGCUUGAUUCAGGAUCAUAUUGGAAGUGCCGUGCUUCUAACUAUGAAGGAUACUUUUUUGACUUAUGAUGAAUUCAAUCAACUUCUUUAUGGUUCUGGUGUCUUUACAACAGGGAGUAGUUGCACUUUUAGCAAUUAUUCUGGAAAAAUUUCCAUUGUAGAUUCUGAAGGUAUUAUCCAGCCUAUCUUGCCAGCUGUAUUGAAACCAAAGCCUCUGUGGACAGGGAAGCAGGUUAUCACUGCACUACUGAAUCAAUUGACAAAGGGGUGCGCGCCUUGUUCUAUUGAAAAAGAGAUGAAAAUUCCGAAGCAGUAUUUUCCGACUGAGACCUAUGAGGUUCAACAGAGUGAAAAUGACGAUAAGGAAAAUGACGAAAAGAAAGCUGAUAAUUGUUUAUUAGUUUGGAAAAAUGAGCUUGUUCGUGGUGUUAUAGAUAAGGCACAGUUUGGCCAAUUUGGUCUUGUGCACAGUAUACAGGAGCUUUAUGGGGCAAACACUGCAGGCCUUUUACUUUCUGCACUUAGUCGACUAUUUACAAUGUUUUUACAGAUGCAUGGCUUCACAUGUGGGGUAGAGGACCUUAUAAUAUUGCCUCAUUUUGAUUUGCGAAGGAAGGAGGAGCUUGAGGGUGAAGAUGUUGGUGAAGAUGUUCACUGUGAAUUUGUCAACUUCAAACGUGGACAAAUAGGUCCUUUAGAACUGCAAUUGGAAAUUGAGAAAGUAAUUUGCCGAGACAGAGAAGCUGCUACAGCAUCAUUAGACAUGAAGAUGAAAAAUAAACUUACUAAGAAGGCUUCACAGAUCAGCAAGGAAUUGCUUCUUAAAGGAUUGUUAAAACCCUUUCCUAAGAACUGCAUCUCUCUUAUGACAAUAAGUGGGGCUAAGGGUAGCACGGUCAACUUCCAGCAAAUAUCUUCAUACCUAGGGCAGCAAGAGUUAGAAGGUAAAAGGGUUCCACGAAUGGUUUCUGGAAAGACUUUGCCAUGUUUUCCACCAUGGGAUUUUACUUCUAGGGCUGGGGGCUACAUCACGGAUCGUUUCCUUUCUGGUCUUCGCCCACAGGAAUAUUACUUUCACUGCAUGGCUGGUCGUGAAGGGUUAGUCGAUACUGCUGUUAAAACGUCUCGCAGUGGAUACCUCCAGAGGUGCUUAAUAAAGAAUCUUGAGAGUCUGAAAGUUUGCUAUGAUUAUACCGUCCGUGAUGCUGACGGAUCCAUUGUUCAGUUUUAUUAUGGGGAAGAUGGUGUUGAUGUUCAUCGGACCAGCUUUCUCAAGAACCUCAGAGCGCUGGCUCUUAAUCAGGUGCCUGUCCGUCAAAAAUAUGAACGUGAGCGUGACUUCAAUGCUUAUAUUGUUGAGUUGCCAGAUGGGUUGAAAAGAAAAGCUAAAGGUUUUCUAAAAGGGGUAAAUACUGAUUCUCACAUGGACUUUAUGACAUUGCUUGCACAAAAAUAUCUCUCAAGUCUUGCACCUUCGGGGGAACCAGUUGGUGUCAUUGCUGCUCAAUCUGUUGGCGAACCAUCAACCCAGAUGACGUUGAACACUUUCCAUCUAGCCGGCCGCGGAGAAAUGAAUGUGACCCUUGGUAUUCCCCGUCUGCAGGAGAUUUUGAUGACUGCUGCUCAGGUUAUCAAGACUCCCGUUAUGACAUGUCCUUUUCUGCAGUUUAAGUCCAUGGAUGAUGCUAAGUCUCUUGUGGCAAAAGUCAAGAAAAUCACUGUUGCGGACAUUAUAGAGAGCAUGGAAGUGCAUCUUCUGCCACUUUCUGUCCUCAACAAUGGAAUUGGAAUAAUUUAUAAGCUCAUGAUGACCUUUAAACACCAUGAGUUCGCUUCAUUAGAAGAUUGCAAGGAAACUCUUAGACAUUCAUUCUUGAGGGAAUUAGAGGAUGCGAUACAAAACCAUUUGGUAUUGCUUUCCAGGAUUAGUGGAAUAAAAAAUAUAAUGUCAAACACACGUUCCAAAGGAAAUGAGACGGAUGAGGAUGCUUCUGGUGUGACAUCUCAUGAAGAGGGAGAUGAUGAAAAUGAUGAUGGUGAUGGUGGAAAGGGCAACGAUGACAUGGCUGAAGAUCUUGGAUCUGAUGCACAGAAGAGGAAACAGCAGGCUACUGAUGAGAUGGACUAUGAAGACAUCUCUGAGGAUGAGUCAACUGCUGAUCAUGAACAAGGAAAAGAUGGUCAGUUAAAUGAUGAGGGUGAAAUUAGGGAGGGUAAGGAAGCCAUGGAUGUUGAUGAUGAUGCUAUUGAAAUGGAACAUGAUAAUGAAGAAAUGUCAAAGCCUAAAUCGGGCAACAAAAAUGGAAAAUCAACACUCAAAAAGAGGAAGAAGGCGGAGAAAAAAUUUGUCAGGAAGGAAACUGAUAGAAAUAUAUUUGUGGAAGUUGAAGGGCAAAAGUUUGAAGCCCAUUUUGGAUUUACCAACGAACCCCAUAUCUUGCUAGCUCAGAUUGCUCAGAAGACUGCGAAGCAUGUGUACAUCAAGAGCUCCGGCAAGAUCAAUCAGUGUAAAAUGGUUGAACAUGAUGUAAGUGAAAAUACAGUCAUCUGGGAUGCGAAGAAAGUGGAUAAAAAAAUCAAGGCAAAAAAACAGAUGAAAGCAAAUGUAGAUGACCUAUUGCCUUAUUGGGCUCUCAAGGCUGCAGGUGUUGACUUCAUUCCUUUCUGGGAAAUGCAAGAUGAUCUUGACACUGCACGUAUAUAUUCUAAUAGCAUUCAUGCGAUGCUGGAAACAUAUGGAGUUGAAGCUGCUAGAGCGACCAUCAUAAGAGAGGUGAAGAAUGUUUUUGGUAUCUAUGGAGUACAGAUAGACUACCGGCAUUUAAGCUUAAUUGCGGAUUACAUGACUCACUCUGGUGGCUACCGGCCAAUGAGUAGACAUGGAAGUAUAGCGGAAUCUCUAUCACCAUUGGCUAAAAUGUCUUUUGAGACAGCUGGAAAAUUUAUAGUUGAAGCUGCAUCUCAUGGGAUGACUGACAACUUGGAGACACCAUCUUCAAGAAUUUGCCUUGGCUUGCCAGUUAAAAUGGGUACUGGGUGCUUUGACUUGAUGCAGCAGUUGGAUACUGAUAUCAAUGUAUAGGAUUUACAAAUUCUGUUUUUCUCGAAAAUAACGUAUAAAUUAUAAGGGAAAUUGUCAUCUGAUUGUUUCACCUGCAUCUUAAGUAGAUAUUGAUCUACUUUUACCGUAAUGCCAGUGCAGUUUUUGGAUU